CAUUUUAUUAUUCGUAUGUCAAUUAUUGUACAAUAAACCUGAGCAAAGACGGGUCAAAAAUCGGAACACUUGUUUGAACCUUCAACUUCAAGCAGAGCACUUGUUUGGUUUCAAUUUUGGAUCGAUGAUGGGAAGCGAUCGAAAAUCAAAGAGAAGUUAUCCUUCGCAAUCCGAAUCUGAAGAUGAGAAGAAAAGCAAGAGGAAGAGAACUGUAGAUGAUGAUGAGGAAAAGAAGAGCAGGAAGAGGGAAAAGAAAGAGAAAAGGAAGGAUAAGAAGCAUUCCAGAGAUAAAUCUGAUAAAGAUAAGAAGUUAAAAGACAAGCACAAAAGUAAACGCAGCAAAAGCGAAAGAAACAUGAAUUUUCAAGAAUUGUCCGGUGAUGACUAUUUUGCUAAGAAUAAUGAGUUUGCUACCUGGCUGAAGGAAGAGAAGAAUGUGUUUUUCUCUGAUUUGUUAUCGGAGUCAGCACGUGAAUUGUUUGCAGAAUUUGUCAAAGCUUGGAAUAGAGGAAAGCUUGAAUCUAAUUACUAUGAAGGCAUUAAAACUGCGCCUCGCACAGCCCAUAACUGGAAAAUAAAAAAGUAGAUUUGAGGAAAGAGCAGUCGUUUGAAUCCAAUCACUGUAUUUGUUUUGAUUUCCUUCGUAACACUACUAACAACUGACUUGAAACUCAGUAAGUAUAGAUGUUUUUAUCUAUAUAAAUUGUGUAGUUCACACUUGCAUCAAUCUUGAGUGUGUGUCGUUUGUUCAUGUCACCAAAAAGAAAAGGUGUAAAGAGCAGAGAACAGAUGGAGUUGAAACAAAAAAAAAAUAAAAAAAUGGGGGAUUCAUGUUAUCAUUUGCAUAGUGAGAGAAAAGCAUACCACUUUCCCUGCCUGUCUUAAUGUGAGUCAGCAACGGGUGGUAGAUUAAUGUAUGAUAUUUUUUAGAACGGAACUUCUACGGUAUGUAUAUUAGCACA